AUGACCAUCGUGAUGGUGACCUGCGAGAAUCGCCUGGAGCUGACUCUGACCAACCUCAAGUCCAUCCUGGCAUUUUCUAGAGCGUCCUUCCGGCUGAUCAUUUAUGCGGAUGCUAAGAACAUCAACGAUCUCCAAUUAAGGAUAAUGAAUUUUCCUGAAAACAUCCUGAAGCGACUCAAAUACGACCUCCGUCUUGUAAUGUUCCCGAGAAAGUAUUUUCAUAAGUGGAAGAGACUGUUUGCACCUUGUGCCACGCAACGACUCUUUCUGCCAGACAUGCUGCCGAAGGAAGAUGCUGUGCUUUACCUGGACGCCGAUAUUCUCCUGCUACGCCCAGUGGAAGAACUCUGGCGUAUCUUCCAUUCAAUGGGUCCCAGCCACCUGAUAGCGCAGGCGUAUGAGAUUGAAGACAUUGACACAAAUCCAUAUCGUCAUUAUGGGUUUGUUCCCUACGUAAAACCAUAUGGCGUGAACACUGGAGUGAUGCCGAUGAAUUUGACGAGGAUGCGAAACUUCGCUUGGGGGUCGAGGAUGGAACCGCUUCUGGAGCAGUACGGUUCGCGCCUUAAGUGGGCUGACCAGGAUAUUGUGAACGUCAUCUUCAACGAAAACCCGGACAAGCUCUUCCUGAUGCCGUGCACGUGGAAUUUCCGCCGAGACAACUGCGAGUUCCACGAGUCCUGCAAGGGCGAGGUUCCGGGCCUCCUGCACGCCAACCAACAAUUCUUCACCAAGGACGGCGAACCUGCCCUCAGAGCUGCGCAGCUGGCCAUGCGUGAGUACCAGCUGGGAACAAGCUUGGAGCGUAACUUCAUCGUUCCCUUUGAAGAAAGGCUGACCAAGGUUGUGAGCAAAUCUCUCUGCGUGCACCGCUUCCUCGAAUAUAUGAAGGACUGGAAGGCACUGGCGCGUCAAUUGGACAAGGAGCGCGGCCUGGCCCGUCACCUAACACGAUAA